CCAUCAGAGUUCGCCAUCACGGGCACGCUGAAACCAUGGUCGUGCCCGGAGCAGAUUCACACAAUCACAACUCUCACCCUCCUCACCAACGGUGCUAAUGACGAAACGCAGGACGUCUGCGUCAGUCCUUUCUUCCACAGAAUCCCUCAUGUGAAGUGGGCGCAGUUCUCGCAGCGUCACUUGCCAUUCCUGGAGGAGGGCCGAGGCGAGGUACUUUCAAGUUCCAAGUGGUGGCCGAAUUCCUGA